AUGGAACAAGUUGCCAGAGGAGGUAGUUAAGGUUGAGACUACCCCAUCGUUUUAAAAAUCAGUUAGAUAGGUACAUAAAUACGACAGGUUUGGAGGAAUAUGGACUAAGCGCAGGCAAGUGGGACUAGUGUAGCUGGGACAUUGCUGGUCGGUGUGGGCAAGUUGGGCCGAAGGGCCUGUUUCCAAACUGUAUCACUCUAUGACUCUAGUCUGUAUAAGGUAGUGUCAGUGGGCAGGAAUCGUUGGUCAGUACGGAUUCAGUGGGCCGAAGGGCUUGUUUCUGUGCUGUGCCUUUAAACUAAAUUUAAAAAAUGAUAACCCAUUUAUUGUACCCCAGGUAAACGCACCACAGGCCAACCUACUUGUACUACCCCAGAUAAACCCACUAGAAACAUAGAAAAAACAUAGAAAAAUAGGUGCAGAAGGAGGCCAUUCGACUCUGAGCCAUGGACUACAAGAUAGCUUGCCCACACUCUACCCCAGAUACACCCCUCUGAUUCUGUACCCUAGGUUGACUAAUCUUUGCAUCAGUGUCACCAUGGCUCUGAGCUUUGGGUGUGUGGAGUGAAGGUCUGUCAGCAACGUGGGUCCAUGGAGGGGUCUGUCCAUCUCUUGACCAUAAUCAUUGACCUGAUUCUGUCUGUUUGAUGGGAGCAUUCAAUUUGCUUGUAACGUGUGUGUGGGAAGGAACUGGAGAUGCUGUUUUAAACUGAAGAUAGACACAAGAAGCUAGAGAAACUCAGCGGGUCGGGCGGCGUCUCUGGAGAGAAGGAAUGGGUGACAUCAUCAGACUCCAGAGAUGCUGCCCGACCCACUGAGUUACGGCAGCUUUUUGUGUCCAUCUUGCUUGAGACGGGGUUAGGUUCAAUAUCUGGCUGAUGUGUGUGUUUCCCCUCCAGGUGUGUCCCUCACGUGAAGAAAUGGAUGCUGCUGGUGUUGCUGGCAUUACUGGGUAAGGACCUGCUCCAUUUCUUCAUCGAUCAUUGAUGUCUGCAGGGCAAUAUGAAGAGAAAAUCUGCACAGAGGGUUCGAGCAGUUGAGGCAAAGCAUGAGGAGAAACAGUCAAGUUGAGAGUAAAGGAUUAAAGGUGGAGGGAGGGAUUGGGGUGUGCCCUGGGCUGUAUUUGACAGAACAACGCUGGCCAGUUUAUAGUGUAAACUGAGUAUCCGGAGCCCAAGGUUCUUAUUGGAAUUAGAGAGUGAGGUCCAAGCAGCUGAAUUGAGGUUGUGUUAUAUUGUACAGGCCCAGUGCCUACAAAUGCUCAUCACACGUCAACCCACUCAUUCCUGGGAUCAUUCUCGUAAACCUCCUCUGGACUCUCUCCAACACCAGCAUAUCCUUCAGAUGUGGAGCCCAAAACCGCUCACAAUACUUCAAAUGUGGUCUUAUAAAGCCUCAGCGUUACAUCUCUGUCUUUCCAUUCUAUUAUCAGGGUGCUUGUAUUUGAUAAUCUCGCUGUUCUAACGCGUGCAAAGAUGCUAAUCUCCAGAUUGCUCCCAGUAGCUGGUACAGUGAUUGUAGGUGUGGGAAGGGAGUGUGGGUGAUGAGUAGGGGAGUGAUGGUGUAGGAGGCAGGGCUGUAUAUUACUCGGGCACUGGCACUGGUUCUGAGGGCAGGUGGCACCUCGAGGCUGGGACCAAUCUCCUCGAUGGGUUUGUUAAUGACGUUUGGACGGGUUGAUAUGGUUUGGUAUAGAAGGAAAUUUGAGCCAAGAUUUGGGGGGAAGAUGGGCAGAACAGGGAACGAGAGCUUGAAGUUAGUGAGUGUUUGGGAGGAAGAGGAAAGAAAGGCUGGAAAAUCCAAUGGAGGAGUGUGGCUCCACUUGAAGCAAGGAUUCCAUCGAGGGGAAAAUGUCAAAGGCUAGAGGGCAUAGCUUUCAGGUGAGAGUGGCGACGUUUAAAGGAGAUAUGGCCCCAAAGUUGUUUUUUAAGAGUGGUGGGUGUCUGGAACGUGCUUCCCGGGGUAAUGGUGGAAGCAGAUACGAUAGUUGAUGUUUAAGAAUGUUUUAGAUUUUAGAUAGGCACAUGGAUAUGCAGGGAAUGGUGGGAAAUGGAUCACAUGCAGGUGGAGAGUAGUUUAACUUGGCAUCAUGUUCGACACAGACAUUAGGCCGAAGGUCCUGUUCCUGUGCUGUUCUAUGUUGGAGGAUGACUUGCUUUCACUCUGAUUUUGUUCUGAGCUGCUCAUUAUGGAGAAGGGAGACUGAGGGAUGACAUUACUAGUUAAUGAAACGUUGUAAACUGUGAAAGAGAUGAUAUGUGUAGGAAGGAACUGCAGCUGCUGGUUUAAAUCGAAGAAGGGUCUUGACCCGAAACGUCACCCAUUCCUUCUCUCUAGAGAUGCUGCCUGUCCCGCUGAGCUUAUUUCAGCAUUUGCGACUAUCUUCAGAAGGGAUGAUAUGUUAAAAAGUCGUCAAUGUCGAAUGUAAGAUGAAAAUGGGCAAUUGCUGACUUGUGAGUGCACUGUUGACCCCAAAUAAGGGUGUGAGAGAGAACAAGUUCAUAAGCAAAGUUCCAGCAAGUGUAAAUGUGCAAGGACAAUGUUAUUGGAUUUCAAUUCCCCGGAGGUGAAUCGUGAUUAGUUGUAGCUAUUCAUACGAGGGGGAUAAUAUUGUUACAGUAAACAAAUGUGAAAUAUUGUGUGGGAUGUGCAGAGAAUAAGGGGAGGCAUCAAGGGUCGGUCAUUUUAGUCAAUGGGUAACUCACCAGGCUCGGAUGAAAUGUAUCCCAGGAUGUUGAAGGGAGCCAGGGAAGAAAUUAUAGAUGCUCAGACCGUGAUAUUUUGAAUCUUCCUCACUGCAGGAGUAAUACUGGAGGAUUAGAUUACUAACAUACGGUUGUUUAAAAAGGGAGCAUGGGAGAGCCCAAAUAAUUACAGGCCAAUUUGCUUAACCUGUGGAGGACAAAUUAUUGGAAUAGAUUCUAAAUGGUAUAUAAAAUUAAUUUAGAGGUGAAUGUUUUAUAGAACUGAGAGUAAGCAUGCAGGUACAGCAGGCAGUGAAGAAAGCUAAUGGCAUGUUGGCCUUCAUAACAAGAGGAGUUGGGUAUAGGAGCAAAGAGUUCCUUCUGCAUGGGGCCCUAGUGAGACCACACCUGGAGUAUUGUGUGCAGUUUUGGUCUCCAAAUUUGAGGAAGGACAUUCUUGCUAGUGGAUGCCAAUUCUCUGGAUGCUUUCAAGAGAGUUAGAUAGAGCUCUUAAAGAUAGCGGAGUCAGUGGAUAUGGUGAGAAGGCAGGAACGGGGUACUAAUUGUGGAUGAUCAGCCAUGAUCAUAUUGAAUGGCGGUGCUGGCUCGAAUGGCCUACUCCUGCACCUAUUGUCUAUUGUCUAAAAGUUGAGUUAAGGAGAGGUCGUCAGGAUGGAGUUCUUGCAGGAAGGCUCUGUCUGACUGAUGGUUACAUUGUUUGAGUUGGUGACAAAGAAUUGAUAAGGCCAGCAUGUUUCAUGGAGACUAUGGUUUUCAGUGAGGUUUUUGGUAAGGCCCCAUUUGGCAGGUUGGUUAAAAAGUGAGUGGUCCAUUGGAACCAAAAUUUGAUUUGUGGUAAAAAGCAAAGGUUAAUGUGUGGGAAGGAACUGCAGAUGCUGGUUUACACCGAAGAUAGACACAAAAUGCUGGAGUAACUCAGCGGGUCAGACAGCAACUCUGGAGAAAAGAAAUAGAUGACGUUUUGGGUCGAGACUCUUCUUCAGACUGAGAGUCGGGGGAAAGGGAAAUGAGAGAUAUAGACAGUGAUGUAGAGAGAUGUAGAACAAAUGAAUGAAAGAUAUGCAAAAAAGUAACAAUGAUAAAAGAAACAGGCUGUUGUUAGCUGUUUGUUGGGUGAGAAAGACUACAAACAAUGUGUCAUCAAGUUGACUUUGAAGCUGGUAUAACUUGGGUGGGGGAGGGAUGGAGAGAGAGGGAAUGCAAGGUUUACAUCAACUUGUAGAAAUCAAUAUUCAUACCAUUGGGUUUUAAGCUGCCCAAGCAACAUAUGAGAUGUUGUUUCUCCAAUUUGUGUUUGGCCUCACUCUUAGGACAGAAAGGUUAAGUGUGGGAAUGGGAAGGGGAAUUAAAGUGUUUGGCAACCGGGAGAUCAGGUAGGUCCAGGCAGACUGAGUGCAGUGAGCGGACUGAAGCGACUGCAUACCUUGAAUGUUGCUUGCUUCAGUGCAACCUUUCUGCCUCCGCAGGUGUUGGCCUCUUGAUGGCAUCCAGAGGUAUCUGGUCUCGUCCCGAGAAGCUGGGCGCGCUGGAAAGCACUCAGGCUGGCCUGCAGGUGCGUGUGCAGAGAAUGGAGAAGGAGCUGGAGUUGCUGACCGCUGACUUCCGGGCUUGGCUGGACUGGGGCGGUGGAUCGUCUGAAACCAUACGCCUCCCUCCCCCACUGACACCAGCCCACAUCAUCAAGCUGCUGGGCAAGGUAACCCUUCAGAGACUGGAUGAGCUUCGGAACAUGCUGCCCUUCGAGUCGCUGGAGAGGGUGCAGGCUGACAUCGCCGCCAUCCAGCAGAUGCAUGAGGAGCGGACGGAGCCAGCGCUGCGGGCAGUUGGUUGCAAUACCAAGAUGUUGUUGCAGAAGGUGAAGGAAAUGGAAUCUGCUGUGGAAAGGUUGACGGAUGAACAGAAGCAGCUACUGACUGCACUGGCGCUGCUGGAGGAGCAGCUCGGCCAAACACGGCUGGAGCUGCAGGCUGCACGUGCGGUAAACAAGGACAUGGACUCCAGCAUGCGAGCAAUGGAAAGCAGUGUGAAAAGUAUAACUGAUAAGGAGAAGGCAUUGCUCCCACUUGUCAACAAGCUGCUGUUUGGUUCCUCACAAGACAGCACCAGGGAACCUCUGACAGCACAGCUGGUGCAUCAGCAGGAACUUGAGGCCCUCCUUGCUGGCUUGGAGAAGAAGAUCCGAUCAGAUGAUUCACUAUAUCCUGGUCUGGCAAUGAAGGCACACUCGGCAACUGUCAGAGUAGGGAUUAUUAAGGAAGUGGAAAGCAUUGUGGAGCAAGCCCUGAAACUGUACAGCGCUGACAGGGUUGGAUUGGUGGAUUAUGCACUGGAAUCUGCUGGUGGCACUGUGAUCCACACGCGCUGCACAGAGACGUUAGAGACCAAGACUAUUCAUAGUCUCUUUGGCAUUCCACUGUGGUAUCAAUCUCACUCACCCAGAGCUGUCAUUCAGCCGGAGGUUCAUCCUGGGAACUGUUGGCCAUUUAAAGGCUCCCAAGGCUUUGUUGUCAUCGAGCUUGCUGUCUGGAUCAGGCCUACAGCCUUUACCUUGGAGCACAUUCCAAAAUCCAUUUCUCCGCAUGGAUCAAUUAGAAGUGCCCCUCAAGACUUCUCUGUUUAUGGCUUGGAUGAUGAAAAUCAAGCCGAAGGGGUCCUGUUGGGACAGUAUACGUAUAAUGAGGAAGGGGAUUCAAUCCAGACGUUUGAGGUGCAGGUAUGGAAUGCAGAAGGGAUCAUUGAUUCUUUGCUGGAACAAUCCUAUAACCUUGGCCUUUUCCUGCAACCUUUUAUUUUCCUUUGCCUCAAAUAUCUAUCUAUCUUUUACAAAAAUAGGCUUUGCGAUGUAGUAACUGUUAAGCAAAAUCUGGCAUGUGCCAAUAUUUGACAGUUAGCUCACUGGUGUUUGAACUGUGAUUCUGCGUUUUGGUGCUGACUUCACCCAUGUUUGAGUUUAGCUUAAAGAUUCAGUGCUGAAACAGGGCCUUAGUCCGCACCGACCAGCGAUCCCCACACACUAACAGUAUCAAUAGACAAUUGGUGCAGAAGUAGGCAAUUCGGCCCUUCAAGCCAGCACCGCCAUUCAAUGUGAUCAUGGCUUAUCAUCCACAAUCAGUACCCCGUUCCUGCCUUCUCCCCAUAUCGCCUGAUUCCACUAUCUUCAAGAGCCCUAUCUAGCUCUCUCUUGAAAGUUUCCAGAGAACCCUCCUCUGAGGUAGAGAAUUCCACAGAUUCACAAGACACACACGAGGGACAAUUUACUUCUUUACCAAGCCGAUUAACCUACAUUAUUUAUACCUUUAAUCAACUCACCUGGAUUAGAAAAACGGCAGAAAUCAGUGCUGUAACGGACAUGCUGCUCGUGCACUUGCUUUACACCGAAUAUGAACACAAAAUGCAGGAGUAACUCAGUGGGUCAGGCAGCAUCUUUGGAGAGAAGGAAUGGGCGGCGUUUCAGGUCCAGACCCUUCUUCAGACUCGUAUUAUCGCAAAUAUCAUAUUGACUGGAACAAAUGACGUUAAAAAUACGAAAUUGCAAAUCUGCAGGUGAUGGAGGCCUGAAACACAAUGCUAGAAAUAACUGUGUCAGGCAGCAGGUGUGCAGAGAUACUUUUUUAAAUUAACCAUUCAUGCAAUCUGGUCAAGGAUAAACAUAUUUUCAGAUGCAGAGAUAGGGAAACCGAGGCGAGCUGGAUCAGUGGCUGAUCUACUUGAAGCAUCUACAAGUUUCAAACUUGCUGAACCAAUCCAGAUUACGGAUUGUAGAAUCAAGAACCAAGCAGAUGCUGGUUUACCAAGGAAAGACGCAAAAUGUUGGAGUAACUAAGCAGGACAGGCAGGUCCAGGAAUGCUGCCUGACCCACUGAGUUACUCCAGCCAUUUAUCUUUUCACAGUAGAAGUUUAUUUUUCAUGGCCACUUUAUUCACAAUUUGUCAGUUGCCACAAAGCAAGCCUGUGUAAAUAAGCAUGUUCUCUCCCCAUCCACGAUGCUACAUGGAGUAAAGCUGUUGCUCCCAGUAUUUCCUGCUGUAAUUUGAGAUCCAUGUUCUUCUUAUACCUCUGUAAAACAUCUACCAAAAUGCUUGUUAUCAAUGCUGUAUGUAAUUGAAUAGACUGUCCUGAAAUCCAUGAUCAGCAGGAUGUUGUAAGUCUAAUUUUGUAGCUAAUCCAUCUUCUCUCCUGCCUGCAGUACUUUCAUACUGAAGCACAGGUUCCCUGAUCUGUCGUCAUGUUUUU